UCGAUGGUUUGACACCUCUAAUAAGGCCUCUGACGUCGGUUUUCUUUUGGUUGGUUUUUCUUUUAACAUAUUGCAAGACAAGACUCUUUUCUUUUGCGCUCUAUUAAGAUGGAUGGAUGGUAUGUUGGCACAGAAUGGAAGGACGAGAAGCGCGGCCUGAGCAAGAAGGUACUUGGCCUGCAGUUCGGCGACAUGGCAAAGCCGAUGGCUGCCAGCACAGUGCUAUUUAGCGUCAACAAAUGCGCCAAUUUGGGGGACAGGCCCAGCAAGUAUCUGGACAGCGACGAGUCCUUGACAUUUCCCCAGCAACAUACCUUGGAAAUGGGGACUGCCAUAACGCCCGUGGACUGCUAUGUGGAGAUGCUGCUGCAGCAAUUCCUGCCGGGGGAAACCGCCGCGUGCAGCAUUACCAGCAAGACCGGCGAACGAAUCGAGUUUGAUUUGACACUAGAGCUGAUUGUUAAAAACCCCCAAGUGCACAAGCUUAACGCAGCCGAGAUCUAUGAACUAGCGCUGCGGCUCAAGGAGAGUGGAGUGGCCAUGUUUAAGAGCUAUCCAAAAUUUGCAUUUGAUUACUUUGCGCGGGCCGCAAAGCUGCUCAUCACGUACAAACCUUUCGACCAACUCACCAAGAAGUCCAAUGGCAUCAAUGGCACCAUCGUGGAGGCUUUGUUUGUUCAGCUACAGACUAACCUGGCCGCAUGCAUGUUGCAGGAGGAGCGCUACGAGCACGUUAUCUAUCACACAGAGUUUGUGGAGAGGGCUGAGAGCCCCACCGAGAAGAGUAUUUACCGUCGCGCCUUGGCCUACUAUCACAUGAAAGAGUUCGCCAAGGCCCAGGCCACCAUAGAGCGGGUGCACGACUACGAGGAGAAACGAGAUUUCAGCAAAUUGCGGGACAAAAUUGCGGCCAGCUGGAAGGAUAGCAAGGCCCACUACAAGGAGGUCGUACAAAGAAUGUUUAGCUAGUUUUAAAAUACAUAUACAUACUCAUUGUUAAGAUUCUCAGACAGCAAAAAAUGUGUAGAAAAUAGUUUUUAUUUAAAAUA